GAAUAAGUUUGGGUGAGUGACUGAAUUUAUUUUGAGUGACCGGGUUGCGGUGAUUGAGGAAGUGCGUAAGUGUUUCAGCUCAGAAUUUCAGUACAGUUUUGCAGAAAAGUAUUUCGGGUAUAUCACAGCAAAGCGGCUUGAAUGGUGAAGAAUCCACUGGUUGCUGUAAAAGGACAUUCGGUGCACAGCACAUGAGACAAGUAGGUCAUACACCAUGAGUCGGUUUCCCCUCAACUAGCUGGAGCACUUGUCAGGCUGUGUGUAUAGGUAGGGGGACUGUUAUGAGUUCACAGUGCUUGGUUACCCAAUGUUUACGUCAGUGUUAUCUACUGGGUCGAGAUGUGCCUUGCUACAGUGUAUUGCGCAGAACGUUGGAGGGGUGGAAAAACUACACUGGCGGUGCUCUUGAUCCUGACAUAUUGAUGAAGUAAAAGAAUUUAACAAAGUGGAUUGCCUACACGCUGUGAUGUUUGUAUCGUUGCUGAUCAUUGUAUUUUCUGCAGCACAGGGUGUCCCGGUGUGCGAGUGGGGCAAGUAUGGACACAACUGUGACCGACUAUGUUCAGAUCACUGUAGACUUCAUCCUGUCAGAAACCUUCGACACUGUCAGAAAUAUACUGGGAAGUGUUCAGAAGGGUGUGUUCGUGGUCGGCUUGGUGACCUCUGUGAUCAACUUUGUAGCCCGAACUGCAUCAAGACCACGUGCAAUCAACCCAACGGGGGAUGUACCAUCGGGUGUAUGGAAGGAUACAUUGGAUAUUUCUGUAACAUAACAACAGGUUCACAGACACAAAUAACAGUUUCUGCAGUACAGGGUGUCCCGGUGUGCGAGUGGGGCAAGUAUGGACACAACUGUGACCGACUAUGUUCAGAUCACUGUAGACUUCAUCCUGUCAGAAACCUUCGACACUGUCAGAAAUAUACUGGGAAGUGUUCAGAAGGGUGUGUUCGUGGUCGGCAUGGUGACCUCUGUGAUCAACUUUGUAGCCCGAACUGCAACAAGACCACGUGCAAUCAACCAAACGGGGGAUGUACCAUCGGGUGUAUGGAAGGAUACAGUGGAUAUUUCUGUAACAUAACAACAGUUUCUGCAGUACAGGGUGUCCCGGUGUGCGAGUGGGGCAAGUAUGGACACAACUGUGACCGACUAUGUUCAGAUCACUGUGGACUUUACCUUGGCAGAAACCUUCGACCCUGUGACAAAGCUACUGGAAAGUGUUUGCAAGGGUGUGUUCGUGGUCAGCAUGGUGACCACUGUGAUCAACUUUGUUGUCAGAACUGCAUCAGCACCACGUGCAACCAAGGCAACGGGGGAUGUACCCUCGGAUGUAUAGAUGGAUACAUUGGAUAUUUCUGUAACACAACAACAGGUGCACAGAUACAGACAACAGUGACCACUACCUACAGACCAUGUGACUGGGGCAGAUUUGGGGAAACAUGCGAUCAAGCCUGUCCUCGAGGCUGUGCCCUGGGUUCCGACAGAAACACCAACUACUGUCAGACUGACACUGGAACGUGCACUCGGGGAUGUCGGCGUGGUUGGCAUGGCGAGCGAUGUGAGAAGCUUUGUGGCCGGAACUGCAUUGCGGAUACCUGUCAUCAAGGAAGUGGACAUUGUACCCAUGGCUGUAGAGGGAGAUAUACAGGAGAGUUCUGUGAAGCAGAAACAGGUGAGGGUCACAUUGCACAGAGUAUGCAGUUGAUGUUAUCUGUUGCGGUCUCUAUCUUUUUGACAAUGUGUUGCUGGAAGAGUCCACGAUGUAGAAGAACGUUUGACAAAGGGUUCACGUGGCUGAUAAGAAGGAAUCCAAGGUCGUCCUGGAGUUACCUGAGUGAGAGGAUUCGACUGCUCUCCACUGCUUCACACGCGACUCCAUCACAAGCAGACCUCGACCUCUACUACGCCAGCACAGACGGGGACCUGGAGGGAGUGAGGCGGCUCCUGUCUGCGGGUGAUGUCAACAUCAACUGUAGAGUGUGGGGCAUGACACCGGUGAUGGAGGCAGCACGUUGGGGGCACAUACAGGUUGUGAAGCUCCUGGAGUGUAAAGGCGCUGAUGUGUUACUGGUGGACGAUGGCGGUAACAACACCCUUCACUGGGCCUGUGUGAGUGGAAACUUGGUGACGGUGAAGUUUGUCCUGUCUCUAAACGUGUUGGACAUCAACAGUAGAGGAGUGGGGAGCAGGACACCGGUGAUAUGGGCAGCAGUGAUGGGACACAGUGAAGUGGUGAAGCUCCUUAUGAAUGAAGGAGCUGAUGUGUCACUGGUGGACGAUGUCGGUGAAAGCAUCCUUCACUGGGCCUGUGUGAGAAGAGACGUGAGGAUUGUUCAGUCUCUGAACGUGAAGGACAUCGAUGUCAAGAAUAACAACGGGCGGACAGCGGUUGACAUGGUGAUAUCCAUGGGACAUCAGAGACUGGUGGAUAUCCUGGUAUCCCUCGGCGCUCAGUGACGUCAGUGUCGUGUCUGUGUAGACGUUGGAGGGGGACAUGUGGUGUGCCGUUCAUGUCGUCGUGUUAUAUAUUUCCGGUUUAGGUGAGAAUGUUUAUUGUGUUUUGGGAGAAAUAAAACUUGUUAAAAAUC